AUGUCUCUGAACAAUGGACCUCUGUCUGCCGGCGAUCAAGGCUACAGAAUGGCCAACCGCUCUCCCAACGGCCACCCGCGCUCAUCGUCAUCGGCCUCUGCGUUGGCGAUGGUGUCUGGAGACAACUUUUUCAUGACCAGACCUCAGGCUGUUUACCCUGGACCCGCUUCCCGGCUGACUCCACGGGCUGGCGUGCGCAUCGAGAGCCGUCGGGUAAUCAGUGGAGGCCGGAGCCCUCCGCGCCUUAUAAAGGGAAGGGAAUCUAAUGGCCGGAGCCGAGUCCGCCCAGCCAGAUUCUCCCCUUACCCUACGCCUGGGUUUAAACUCGAUCUCGUAAAAAGUGUGUUGCAGCAGCAUCUGACAACGUUUGGAGCUGUCAUCGCAGCCCGGAUGCUUGAUCCCAUCGGCCCCCUUUGA